AAGUAUCUGGCUGAGCACACCUCACCCCGUUGAGAACCAAAAACAGGGCUAUACUGCACCAAGGUGCACGAGCUCCGCAAUGGCAUUGCGGCUCGCCGUCCAAGCGCUGUCCGCGAGCCUCUCACGCGCUGAAACCACGUCCUCCAAGCCACCGAGCAACGGCCAGCAACAGUCCCAGAGGCCAGCCACCAGCAGGAGGGUAGCAACGACGGCGGCGGUCGUCAGCACGGCGCUCCUGGCGACCCAGCUACUGGCGCCCACGGCGCCCUGUAGCGCCGGUGCGUUCGACCUGAGGAUCACCGUGCCGGAGCAGUCCAGCGAGGAGGCCGAGGCCGUGGUGAGGACGCACGCGCGGAACCUGGUGCGGGUGAAGCAGUUCAUCGACGCCAGGGCGUGGCGGGAGCUGCAGGCAGCGCUGCGCGCCAGCGCGUCCAACCUGAAACAGGACCUGUACGCCAUCAUCCAGGCCAGCCCCGCGAGCCAGCGCCCCGAGCUCCGCAGGCUCUACUCCGACCUCUUCAACUCCGUCACCAGCCUGGACUACGCGGCCAGAGACAAGGAUGAGCUCCAGGUGCAGGAAUACUACGGCAACAUCGUCUCAGCACUAGAGGAGAUUUUUGCCAAAAUCAUGUAGUUCUAGGAUAGAUUUUUUUCUUUCGAAAAGACCGGCAGGAACUCUGCCGGAAUAUAUUGAUAGAGAAGGAUACGAUAGAAAAUUAGAAUCUAGGCACUUGAAUUACAGUAACAUACAGUAGCUACUUUUUUUAGGGAAAUAUUUAGCUAGUUCUUGUGAACUUCCUCUGCUACAUCUAUUUACCCUACUGUCUGAAGGAGAAAUCCAAAAGAAUCGAUAUUUACAGGUGCAGCAAGAAAAGAAAAACUGCAGUUUCCUGAAACCCUCGGUGCUCGGCCACCAAUGUUUAGGCUUGUUGCAGAUCAGGAGCCUUCAGCACCUGUCUUUUGGAGGCCGGGCAGCAGAGUGGUUUCAGUCACGUCUCCAUUUGCUUUCAGAUAGACAAAGCAGGAUCCUUGGUGGUGAUUCAUCGCCAUUUGGUGUGCAAAAUGAAGCAGUAAUUCUCCAUAUAGUCUAUCGAUCUACUGAUGAAGUUCGAAAGUCCGCCUUAACUGAAACCUGUUGGCAGUGACC